AUGCAGCUCGCGGAAGACGAAGGGCUGCCACGCCUUUUCGACCGACCUUUUCGACCGGAGACGGGUGGACCGAAGCAGUUCACCGGCGAGGCGGGGAAGUAUGGCAAGGGCGCCGAGGCAGAGAAGGUCUUGACCGAAAGCAUGAACUUCAUCGCGAAGGGCGCUGGGCUCUUCCUGGGCGUCGGCCUGGCGAGUCAAGGCGUCGACGGGCUGGAGGCGUUGGACGCGGAGCCGGAGCCGGGCAGCCUGGGCAGCGACGAGGAGUUUGAGACGAGGACGGAGGAUUUACCCAAGUCGACGGCGUUGGAGACGUUGGCCCUGGAACCCAGUGUGGAGCAUGCGAAAGAGGCGGCCGAAGAGCUGCAGAAACCUACCAGUGAGGUGCUGGCGAGCACGUUGACCUACUGGAUGGACCAGGCCAUCCAGCUGGGCGCGGCCGGAGACGAGGAGGCCGAGGCCGUCGCGGAGGAUGGGGCGAUGGCGAACUUCCUCCAGGGCAUGCGGCAGGCAGUGGCCUCGCUCUCGGAGGAGGAACUGAAGGUCUCCCAGGCCGUACUCGACGAGCUGCUCGAGGAGGCGAAGGGGAUCGUGGAUUCCGCUGAUGGGAUGGACUUGCUCUUGGAGACGGAGGAGCAGUUGGAAGACUAUAUGGACCCUUCCAUACCUUUAGAGGUGGCGGUGGGGCUCUUUGCGGCAGGGACCUUCCUGCCCGGCUGGGCCCUGCAGAUCUUUGGGGAGACCUCCAGUGGCCUUUGGAUCAGCACACUCGCUCAGAUUAUUGGUUCCUUUGGACUCACCAGCAACGUGAUGUUCUCCAUGGCCACCGACGUGACCAAUAGCAAGGACCGCGAGCUCAUGGCCGGCGCCUACUUCGCACUGAUGUGCGUCAUGAACGUCGUUCUGAUCUCCAUUCCGGUCCUCCUUAUCAUGGUCCUCAAAGUUGUCAACAACAACAUGGAGUUGAUCGUUUGCGUGCAGACCUUGGGCACGGUGCUCUUCUUCUUGGUGCUUUGCACCGUCCAGGCCGAAAAGGAGAAAGAGGCGCAGCAUGAUAAUGAGAUGUGGAUGGCAGAGGGUGGCGGCGGCUCUGAUGUGAAUGAGAGUGAGCCGCCCGCCAAGCAGGACUGGAGGCAAGGCAUUUGUGGAAUCCUCCGAGGGCUUGUGCAGCCUUUCUUCUUGGCCUUUGGACAUCGUCGGCUCCGCCGACUCUGUCUGACGACCUUUCUGCUGGGCUUCGGUGGAAGUCUGGUGAACGACAUUGGAGGACAGUUCUUCAACCAAUGUUUGGGCUUGAUCCAGCAUCCCGACGAGAGCAAGGUAGUCAUGGUCUCGAUCUGGUCGAUGCUGCCAGGUCAGAUCAUGGCCAUCCCUGGGAACAUCAUCACCGGGUACAUUGCAAAACAGGCCGGACCCUUGAAAGUGCUCCGCAUGUUGAUCCCAAUCGCCGCGCUGUUGGUGGCAGUGGGUGCCUUCAUGGCUGUGGUGCAGCAGAUGUGGUACAUUGCGGUGGUGGUGAUCUGCUUGACCUACGCGGGCAUGCCCAACGUGCCACUCCAGCGCAUCGUUGCAGGGGUGGCCCCACCCGGACGCACGGGUGAAGCACUGGCGGCGAAUGGCGUCUUUCAGAUGCUCGCGGGGCUCCUGGGCAACAUGGCAGUGGCAACGUUGAACCCAAUGCUACUGAGCUCCAGCAUGCCCAACCCUUUGUGGGUCUACUAUCCCGUCUGCGGCCUGUUGGUGCUUAUGGCGAUCUUGCCCUUGAUCGGCACUCCCCGUGGUGGUUGGGGAGCUGCCACUGGCUCAGUCACUGACCAGAUCCAUGCCAUCAGCUGGGCCGACGGAGCUUUGUUCCGUUGGUAUUACUUCGCCAUGAGGCAGCGGAUGUCGCGACAACAGCAGGGCUCCAGUGUGAAGUCCUACAUCAGCGAGCAAGACCUCAUCUAUGAAUAUCACGAGGAGGAUGCUUUCCUCCCUGAGGUGAGCAAGCGGGAAUAUGAGGCGGCCUUCAAACUCUUCGACCAUGAGGGCACCGGGCGUAUCACCAAGUCGGACAUCGGCGCAGUUCUGAAGGCUGCUGGAAAUUUCCCCACAGACGAAGACAUCGAGAAAUUCAUGACCAAAGUCGACACGGACGGAGAUGGCACCUUGAGCUACGAGGAGUUCCUCCAUAUGUUGCAGAGGCUGCCACAGGAGCGUGACUUUGAGGCGGAACUCAUCGAGGCUUUCAAAAUCUUAGAUGAGAACGCGGAUGGUUUCCUCUCGAUUGAUGAGUUGGAAAAGGGCGCGAAGCUCUUUCAUCACCCCUGGACGCGAGAGGAUAUCAUGAAGAUGAUUGAAGAGGCGGACGUGAGCCACGAUGAAAAAGUGAGCUUCCCUGAGUUCGAGCGCAUCAUGAAGUGGGGCAUGGCCAUGAAGAUCUCCACCGAUGGAGCUGUGGCACCGACCAAGAGCCUCAAGCGCUGA